UGCUUUGUAAUUUGUUUCAUUUUGUUUACUAACAUUAUGUUUAUUUAAUUAUCAUUUUAAAGAAAUAUUUAUAGUUUUGAAUUAGAUUUUCAACGCGUACCUUUUUGCGAGAUUCAGUUUCUGAAUUGCUACCUAAAGUUAAAUCAUGCAGUUUACUCCAAAAUCAAGAAGGCAGUUUAAUUUAACUGGGAGAAGAGAUUCUACAUUGUAUCCUCAUUCUUUACAAUUUUAUAAAUAUCCUCCCCUGGAUACAAUAACUUUAGAGCAGUUUGAAGAAUUGGCUUUAGAAAGAUUAAAAGUACUUCGAUUAAUAGAGAGAGCUGGUGCAAAACAUAAUAAAAGUUCACAGGACUACAGAGAUAUGAUUAUAAGUGAGCUAAAAAAGCAGAAGCUUCAUUUCUAUUAUAAAAUAGCAGUACCUGAAAUGGCUAUAACAGAUGAAAUAUAUGAUGAAAGAAGAAGAGAUCAUAUAUCGCAUUUCAUACUUCGUUUAGCUUAUUGUAGAAGAGAGGACUUAAGAAGAUGGUUUAUAAAUCAAGAAGUUGAUCUCUUUCGUUUUCGCUUUACUUCUGAGCAAACAAAAAGUCGGAAACUGUUUAUGGACAUAAAUAACUUAAAGUAUGAACCAAUAAAGCCAGAAGAAAAAGAGGAUAUAUUUGAAAAUUUAUGUUUGGGACACUGUAAUCCUGCAAAAGCACGAAGUAUAGAUUUCUAUAAAGUUCCAUUUGUUGAAGUUCUAGACUUGAUUAAAAACAAAAAAGUGUUUUUGAAAAAGGGGUUUGCAUAUAUUCCUGAAGAUGAUAUGGUCAUAACUAUUGCAUCUGCAUAUAGAGCACAUCUUUCUCAUUCUUUAGCUAUCACUUCUCGUGCCUUACCUCAGCUGGAGGAAGAUACUCGUUUAAUCAGCAUGUUAAGCACUUUACAUCAGCGUUACAUUGGUACUGAUUACAGUAAUAGAAAAGUGGAUUAUACUGGUGAUAUAACACCUGAGCUUAUUGAUGGACUUUCAAAAACAUCAUUUCCUCUAUGUAUGCAAAAUUUACAUGAAACUCUGAGAAGAAAUCAUCAUCUGAAAUACAAUGGUCGAUUACAGUAUGGCUUAUUUCUGAAAGGUAUUGGCCUAACACUUGAAGAUGCUUUGCGAUUUUGGAGGCAAGAGUUCACUAAAAUCAUGGAUAAUGAUAAGUUUGACAAGCAGUAUGCUUACAACAUUCGUUACAACUAUGGAAAAGAAGGGAAAAGAGCCAAUUUUUCUCCAUAUAGUUGUGUAAAAAUAAUUACAUCUAAUGCACCAGGACCAGGUGAAUUUCAUGGUUGUCCAUUCAAACAUUCUGAUGAAAGUAAUCUUAAACAGAGAUUGCAGAAUUUGCAUAUUAGCAGUUCUGGAAUAAAUAAUAUAUUAGAUUUAGCAAAAAGAGGGCAUUAUCAAAUAGCUUGUACUCGUUAUUUUGAAUUAACACACCAAGAAGCCAGUGUUGAUCAAGGUAUAAGCCAUCCAAAUCAAUAUUUUGAAGAGAGUCAGAAAAUAAGAAAGGGAAUAACCAAAGACCAAAAAAGAUCAACUCCAAGUUAUAAUAGCACCCAAUCCUCAGUCUCUAAUACAAGUCAAGCAUCUUCUAAAAAAAAUGAUGCAGUGGCUGAUGAAGAUGUUUUUAAUGACAUGGAAAAUAUGGAUGAACUUUUACACUGUUUGGAGGGUGUAUAAAUAUAUAUAUAUAUAGUGUAUAUUUCAUUUUUAAUUUAUAGGUAUUUUAUUUCAAUAAAAACACCUAAUUUUUUAAUCUAAAA